CCGGAAGGCCCGCCUCCGCCCUGAGGCUCAGAGGAGCGAGGUCUUCCCGGCGGCGUCAUGCGUCCGGAAAAGGCCCUGUCUUGGUACCGGCGGAUGUCUGUGUUGUACGGACUGGGCGCCUGGACCCUGCUGGGCUCCUUGUUUUUGUGGAAUCAGAGAAAGAGCAAGCCGCCAGGUGGUGAAGUAGAACAAAAGGAUGUCUCAACAAAUGAACUAUCUGAACCCCCGAAAGGGUUUUAUGUGGAAACGAUUGUCACAUAUAGAGACGAUUUUGUUCCAAUUACUGCCAGGAUCGUCAACUAUUUGAAAUCAUGGACUGGUGGCCCUGGACCAAAAUCAUGAUGCGCGGCUCAAUUCUGAAAACAGGACUUUGGUUCAGCAUAAAAAUUUGAGAGAUACCGUGAUUUCUACUUUCUGUUUGUGAAAAGUGUAUACACUUAAUUUUGCUGUAAAAUAGAAUCACUAAUAAUAUGCAAUAAAUAUUUCCUUGAAGAAAACUAAA